AUGUCUAAACGGUGGUUCAUCAGAUUAACAGUUGCUACUAUCGUGCUUUUCACAAAGAUUGGUUCAGAUCCGAUAGUAAAACCUCCUCAAAUGUUUAUUUCUCGAUUUUUUCAAAACUACGGUACUUCCUGGAUUGCUGGUCCUGAAGGGUAUCAUUAUCAAUUUCAUCUCAGUGAACAAUCCUGGAAUAUGGCUCGAGAAUACUGUCUUGCCUUAGCUUCUGACCUCGUUGUCAUCAGCAGUUUGCAACAAAUGAAUUGGCUGAUAUCACAUUAUCCACUCAGUAAUUUAAUAAUGCCUGAGAGGACUAUACAAAUUGGACUUGUGCUAGUUGACAAAGAGAACAGUACUGAAAAGGAGUGGAAAUGGCUGAACAAUAUGCCACUGAAUGCUACGUAUUUAAAGUGGGAAAUAUUGGAAAUAAACAAGUCGGAAAAAGUUCUGCGUCCUAUUGAACACGACAGGUGUGCGUUACUGAGCAUUGAUAACAGGAUAUUAAAAGCUACACCGUGUGACCAAACACCGGAUUUCGACUACACAAACCGGUACAUUUGUCAACGAAGUCAUGAACAGCAUAAUGAACAUGAAAAGAAAAACAAUCCAUUUUACGAGUCUUUUGCGCAAUUAAUAAGCAAGUUACAAAAGGAUGCAACAGUAAAAUCGGAACCACGAAUGGUACAACUGCAAAAAAUGAAAACCCAAAUCGUGGAUGUUCAAGGGAAAACGGAAGAUUUACUAUAUGUUAGCGGGAUGAGAGGAAAUUUCACAGACGAGAACAAUGAAAAUCGCCUUACGAAGAUCCAGAAAAUUUUGACAAAAGAAACUUUAACAACUGUAGAUCCGAAUGUUGAAGGAACUGGUGAAGUAGAUUUCGGUCUCAAACAAAAGGAACAACUGAAGCAAAAAGGAGAAGAUAAGACUGCUGUUGAAAAUAAGCAUGAAUCCCGAUUAAAGAAUUUUGCCGCAAAACUAAAACUAAUAGUCCAUAAAGAAGACACCGAGAAUAAUAAAGAUGCUCUCUUGGCUGAUGGAAGUGGUUACAAACGCGAUUUCCCAAUUUUAAGUAACUCAACAAAUCCAAUGAAGCAAAAGUUCCAACAAUCGGAUAAGCUUUGUGACGAAAAUAACAGAGAACAAAAAGAUAUGCGACAAUCAUGCGAACAGUUCGGCGAUAUCUUUCGAAAUCUAAAUUUGUUCCUCAAGAAAGAAAAAAGCUCAGACCUACGCGCGCUGCUUGAUAAUAACGAUACUGACAAGACUCUAGUAGAACGCCUCAAAGAGGCACUACAUGCCAAAAAUGAGACAGAAACGAAUAAACUCGAUAUAACCGAAAAAAAAGCGUCGCAUAAUAAGAUCGGUAACCAGCCACAAUUCAAUGAUAGCAUUCAGAAAGUACACGAAGUGAGCAAUACACCUGCACAUGAAAUUGAUGAUAUUACCGGUCUUUUGCUAUACAAAAAAAAUACCGCAGGAAGACCUAUUGUUACGCGUCGCAUAUAUAAUGGUAAGACAAAAAUAUAUGGAAAGAAUGAAUCAGCACGGUCAGAAAUUAAUGAGGAUGGAAUUUAUGAAAUACUCCGAAAAAAACUGAGAAUUACGCCUACCAAACACCUACGAAACUUGUCUAACUUGAUAAAUAAAUUAAGCGAAGAAAUAAAGUCAAAUAUAAGUGAGGAAGAAAUAAACCGAAAUGAAGCCCCAGUGCACUACGACGUGGCAAAUGAUCAAAAACCUGAAUCAUCUUUGCUGUUGUUUGCUAAUCGAAAGAAUAAGGUAACAGAAGAGGUUACUAAUGUACUACAUACUUUUAUCAACAAUUCCCAACAAACAACCAAGAGAUCGUCCAAAUCAAGUAAAGAAACUGGAACUUCACAUGAAUUAUUGAAUGACAUCACAUUGGUCGAGGAACGCAAGGUGGAUGGGAAUAAAACCAACAUCAAAAUAGAUAUUCAAAAAGCUAUAUCCAGUAUGAAACAAAACUUAGAAAGUGCCAGUGAAGAAAUCAAACGCCUUUUCUCAUAUUCACGGCGAUAG